AUGUCAGGCCAGAUCCCGGGCCUUACUGGCACGGCAGCUCCAGGUCCGAACCUGGACGAUGCCAAGGCCAGGGCUGAGAUGAUGGCUCGGCAAGUGAACGAGGAGUUAGCGAAGCGCGGGAUAGGCGUGCAGCGGAAGCCGGAAACGGCGGCAGCGGGGCCGCCGGGAAAACCGCCACCAGAGGAGAUUGUCAAGGAGGUGGUGAUUAACGAGUGUAACCCUAACGUGCGUUACCAGCUCACGCGCCGCGGCACUCAAGACGAUAUUCACCGUAAGACGGGCGCAGUAAUUUCCACCAGGGGCAAGUUCUGCAACAUGAACGAUCCAAAGAAUCGCGACCGUCCGUUGUAUCUGCACGUGUCUCCAUCUUCCGAGGUACGCCUGUGUCUCCCUGCCGCCCCUCUCCCUGCCGCCCCUCUCCCUGCCGCCCCUCUCCCUGCCGCCCCUCUCCCUGCCUCCCCUCUCCCUGCCGCCCCUCUCCCUGCCGCCCCUCUCCCUGUCUCCCCUCUCCCUGCCUCCCUCCCGUCUCCCUGCCUCCCGUCUCACCCUGCCGCCCCUCUCCCUGCCUCCCCUCCAAGUCGUCUUUCUGCCUUGAACCUCUCUGCGAUCCUCUUUUUUUUUCAUCUCUCCCUUUCCGAAUUCCCCCCGUUCCCCCUUCCCCCGUUUCCCCCUUCCCCCCUCUCCUCCUUCCCUCUUUCCCGCUUUCCCCCUUCCCCCCUCUCCCCCUUUCCCCCACUCUCCUUAUCCCCUCUCCCCUUUCCCUCUCCCCCUUUCCCCCACUCUCCUUAUCCCCUCUCCCCUUUCCCUCUCCCCCCCCUGCCACGGCCACGUGUGCAGGCCAAGACGCCCGAGGAGAAGCAGCAGAUGGUGGACGCUGCUGUGUUCUUUCCCUCAUCUCAUCUCCCCCCUCCCCCCUUCUCCCCGUCCGCCCCUCUCCUGCAUUACCCUCUCCACCUUCCUUUGUCUCCGCGAGGGCAGGCCAAGACGGCGGAGGAGAAGCAGCGGAUGGUGGACGCUGCCGGUCAGCCUCCCCCCUAUGGGGCACCGCCAGGGGGAUAUCCCGCCCCUCCUCCAGGGACCUAUGACCCUGCAUACGGCCCUCCUCCUCCCCACGGCUACCCGGGCUACCCCCCUCCUGCUGGUGCCCCUGCUUCGUAUCCCUCUCAGGGUGCCCCUGGGUAUGGCCCUCCCCCGCAGGGUGCUCCCGGUGAAUACCCCCCCCAGGCACCAGGGCAGUACCCUCCUGGGCAAUAUCCGCCGCCUGCUUACCCCCCUGCUGGUUACCCUGCGGCCGCCCCGUCCCCAUAUGCACCUCCCCCGGGUGGCGCCUAUGGGGCGCCCCCGCCAGGGGCGUAUGGGGAGGGGUAUGGCGCCCCGUCUGCUUCUGCUGGGUCCAUUCCGCCGGGCAGCAACAUCGUGCUGGUGUUUGCGGGGUUUGAACCGACACGGGAGUUUGACGCGUCUGGGCGGAUCAGAGGACCCAAUGACUCGUAUUUGGAGCACAUUCAUACUUCCACGAGCAUCAAGGCAACUCUGCAUGGGCGGCGACUCUGCAUGGGCGGUGCUCCAACAACCAUGAGAUCCACGGCGAAGGUGAGAUCAACGGUGGAGGUGAGAUCAACGGUGGGUGGAGGUGAGAUCAACGGUGGGUGGAGAGCUGAACUCGCCCCUGCACGUCUACCCUCACGGCUAGUGACGGUGCCCGGUCUGCCUCUCCAUUCUUUUUUUCGCCCUCUCCUCCCAACCUUGUGUGCAGAGCUGAACGCGCCUCUGCACGUCUCCCUCACAGCCUCUGAAGGUGCAUCGGCAGCACAGAUGGCCGAAGCAAAGAAACUGGCAGAGAGCCUCAUAGACACCAUUCGGGACGAGUGGCAGCAGCAGCAGCAGUCAGGGGGCGCAGGGGGCGGAGGCGGAGGAGGGGGAGGGGGAGGGGGAGGGGGAGGGGGAGGGGGAGGGGGAGGAGGGGGCGGGGGAGGGGGAGAGAAGGACGGAGGGGUGAGUGGGCCAGGGUAUGCGGCGUAUGGGGGGUUGUAUUCGCAGGUGGGGAUGGGGGGAGGGGCAGGGGCGAACAGAAGCACGUCGGGCAAGGGGAGAAAGUUCCGGGAAGUGACUGAUGUGGGAGCGGGAGGGGGAGGCGGCGGUGGUGGUGCUGGUAGUACUGCUGGUGGUGCUGGUGGGAGUGGUGGUGGUGGUGGUGGUUCGUCUGGUGGGGGCGGGGGUGGUGGGGCAGGGAAUGGUGUGGGUGCCCAUCAGUCAUCCUAUGGCUCGUAUGGGGGAAGUUAUACCACUUAUCAGCCGCAGCAACAGCAACAGCAGCAGCAACAGCAGCAACAGCAUCAACAGCAGCAGCAGUACCAGUCUUCUUCCAUGCCUCCGCCGCAGGCUCGGUCGGUCAUGGGCCCGCCGCCGCCAAAGCUGCCGGGCAGGCUCGGUGGAGGAGGCGGAGGCCAGGCACAUGGGCAAAACGGUUCGGUGACUGCAGGCUCGGCAGGUGGCCCGGGAGGCAUGACUCUGGUGGACUAUGGAGAGGAGGAGGAAGAUUGA